AUGCAAAGUGGACGUAUGCAGGAGACUUAUAGUGCCUGUUAUGACGAUGCUGCUGCCGCUGCUGCUGCUGCUGCUGCUGCUGAUGAUGAUGAUGAUGAUGAUGAUGAUGACGACGAUGAUGAUGAUGAUGAUGAUGACGAUGAUGAUGAUGACGAUGAUGGUGGUGGUGAUGAUGAUGAUGAUGAUGAUGAUUCUGCUGCUGCUGCUGCUGCUGCUGCUGCUGAUGAUGAUGAUGAUGAUGAUGAUGAUGAUGAUGAUGAUGAUGAUGAUGAUGAUGAUGAUGAUGAUGAUGAUGAUGAUGAUGAUGAUGAUGAUGAUGAUGAUGAUGAUGAUGAUGAUGAUGAUGAUGAUGAUGAUGAUGAUGAUGAUGAUGAAAAUAUUAAUAUAAACUCUUAG